CAGUCAACUGUCAAAUGUGCAAUAAUUUAUUCGGAAUUUUUCUGAGAAUUAAGAUAUUUUCCGGAAAAAUUUCCAGUUUCAAAUUUUUCGGAGAAUUUCCCGUGUCAAAGAAUCGUUUGCUGAAUUCGUUAUGAAGAUUAGAAGACAUGAAAACGUGAUUUUUUUUUAAGCUACUGACUGCUCGUUCACUGUGCCGACUUCCCUCAAAGAGGAGUAAUCCACUACGUUAGAAGAACGAGAUCGCCAGUACGCCAAUGACUGUAUGAGUUGUAUGAUUAUAAAUGUAGGGCCACCAAUGAUCAUAAAUACAUCAUUCACAACCACUAAAAAACAAAAUAUAACCUAAGUUUAAAUAAAUAUACUUGUAUAAAUGUGUGUGUCUCCACUCAUUCUUACUUUAAACUGCAUCAGAACGAGACUAUACUUUACCUUAAUUAAUACACAAUGGUGUUAACAUAUCGCACAUUAUAUGCAAUAAAAGAAAUAAAACAACCACGGAAUUAUCUACGAAGUAAAUUCAUCGACUCAAUUAGACUUCAUGUAAAAGGCGGCACUGGUGGCACUGGUCUUCCAAAGUACGGAGGACUUGGAGGUCAGGGAGGAUGUGUUUACUGUGUUGGAAAGGAAGAUGCUAACUUAAAAUACAUACAGAGCAAGUUUCGUGCUAAAACUAUCAUUGCUGGCCAUGGUGAAGACAGUAGAAAGGCGAAAAUUGUAGGAAAUCCUGGUACAGAUGUGAAACUAGAAGUUCCAUUAGGAGUUACAGUGUAUAGAGAAGAUGGAAAAGUUUUAGGCUCCAUCGACCAAGAAGGGGACACAGUGAUAGUUGCGAGAGGUGGCCCUGGAGGCACUAAAGAUAACAACUUUUUUGGUCACUUUGGACAGGUGCACCACAUCCGUUUAGACUUGAAAUUAAUUGCCGAUAUCGGACUCGUCGGUUUCCCAAAUGCGGGUAAAAGUUCUCUAUUGAAGGCUAUAUCCAGAGCCAAACCAAGAAUAGCCAAUUAUCCAUUUACAACUAUCAAACCUAACAAGGGCAUCAUUCAAUAUGCAGAUAUGCGACAAAUCUCUAUAGCUGACCUGCCAGGUCUCAUUGAAGGUGCCCAUGUUAAUGUAGGACUAGGCCAUGCAUUUCUUAAACAUGUAGAAAGAACAAAAGUGUUACUUUUCAUUGCAGAUGUUGAAGGUUUCCAAUUAAGCCCUAAACACACAAAAAGAUCGUGCUUGGAGACUGUAUUACUUUUGAAUAAAGAACUGGAGCUUUACAACACUGACUUGUUACAGAAGCCUGCAAUAUUGGCUGUGAAUAAGAUGGAUUUAGAAGGAGCAAGUGAUAUAUUUAACAAAAUUAAAGAAUCAUUAAUGAAUAUCCAAAAUGUCAUCCACAAAAUUCCUGAAGAGAUCAGACCAGAGAAUUUAAUAACUUUUGAAGAUAUUGUUGGCAUUUCUGCAAUGAAGGAUAAAGAAAGUGUAGAGGAUCUGAAACAACUGCUAAGGAAGAGACUAGACCAGUUUGCAGAUGAAAACAAUUUAGAUAUUGUCAACACUAGUCAGAUGUUAAGACGAAACAGGGCUAUGGUUAAAGAAAGAGGGCCUCAGAUCACUUAACUAAACGUAACUCAGUUAUUGGUAAUCAAUAAUAAAUCAAAAUAAUUAUGUUGUUGAUUUUUUUUUAGUCUCCAAUAUCCUCACUCAAAUGCAAAAAUAAUGAAAUUGGGAAUUGAAUUUUUUUGAUAUA